CACUCCUCUCCGACCAUGCCGGACGAAGCCACGGAAAACGCCGGCUCCACCUCCGCCCGCGUCUCGUCCUUCUUCAUCGAGGACCUGCUGGGCACCGAGAGCGCGGCGGGCCGCGGGGCUCGGCGGGCGGCUGCGGGCGGUGGUCCCCGCGGGGCUCCGCGCUGCGGGCCGCGCUCGCCGCUCCGCCUCGGCGCCCCGGGCUGCCCCCUCCGUGACGCCGCCGUCGGCUGGUACCGCCGAGCGCACGCCGCUUUCCUGGGCUGCGCCAGCCCCGACACCAGCGACCGGGACUCGCCCGAGCUGCCCGAGGAGCCGGCAGAGCGGGAGAGCAGCGGCGGACGGGCGGCGGUGCGGGGCCCAGCGGGAGGACGCUCAGGCCUGAGCGGCCGCGAAGAGGAGGAGGAGGAGCGCGGAGAGGAGCCGGGAGAGCCGGAGCAACGCGCCGCCGGCCGCAAGAAGAAGACGCGCACGGUGUUCAGCCGCAGCCAGGUCUUCCAGCUGGAGUCCACCUUCGACGUUAAGCGCUACCUGAGCAGCUCGGAACGGGCCGGGCUGGCAGCCUCGCUGCACCUCACCGAGACCCAGGUGAAGAUCUGGUUCCAGAACCGCCGUAACAAGUGGAAGCGGCAACUGGCCGCCGACCUGGAGGCGGCCAACCUGUCCCACGCCGCCCAAAGGAUAGUGCGGGUCCCCAUUUUGUACCACGAGAACUCGCCGGCGAGCGCCUUGGGCUUCCCCCUGCCCCAUAUGUCGCCCCCCUUGGUGGGCUUCUCUAGCGGCGUCAGCUACCCCCUGGGCACCUUCCCCGCCGCCUCCAUUCCGUUCCUACGAUCGCAGAUGACAGGACUCGUCUGAGCUCCCACCUGUACCCAUCGCCCCCUCCCCCGGCUCCCAGCUCCACCCCCAUUCCCCCGGAAUUUUCAUUUCCCACUCACACCUUUCUCGAUUUUCUGCUUUUUGAUUUUCUAUUUUUUUUUUUUUA